AAAGCUCCGAUUCACUGAAUCAAAAUUCCCUCUGCUAUAAAGCACCUGUCAUCUAUCAGAGCAGCUGAUGGAUACGUUUACGUUACGUAAAGCUUGAGAUGUUUUUUUUAAUUGUUGGUCAGAAGGCUAACUCUGAAAUGGUUCGUUCAUUCGGCCAAGAUCGAAAAAACAUUUCGAAAAUCAAACCGCUGAAGAGAAACGCCGCCGGACUCCAGCUGCUCGGAAUGAGAACGAUACUGACUGACCAAUCUGACUCAGAGGUCAAAACGACUUACACACGAUGUUUUGAACAACCAUUCAAACGCUUCAGCUACGCUCUGCAGUCCACCUGGAGGAGUGACACAAGGAAACAUCUUACCAACAAUCCUUCUGUAGAUAUGUUGUCAAGUAAUGAGGAAAAGGAAACCAGAAAUGAGCUGGACACCCAAUAUGAAGAUCUUUUUUCAUUUGCUGACACCGAUUUAUUUGUGGGUCAGAAGAAAACCACGUUUAAGAACUGUGAAGACACAUCUACGAAAAAACAGCUUCUGCGAAAAUAUCGAAUGAGAGAUGAGUUUGGUAACAUCAUCCGUCGUGUUGGAGUGAAAAAUUCAAUUGCCAAAAAGGCCAUAUUGCCAAAAAGCCCAAAGAGACGUGUUGCACAGUGGCUAAACAGUCUUACACUCAACAUCAGAUGUUUUAAAGUUGGAAUGUUGACCAAGAAUUUCAGAAGAUCUGAUGCUCUGACUGCCCAGUGCACCUUUACAGUGGAUUACAUUGAGAUUGCAAAUAAAGAACGAAUAGAAGCAUCAGAUUUGAUGGGUUGUGAAUGGUGCACCGAGCAGAAGCUGCCAGCCCUGUUUCUACAGACGACACCUGAGACGUGCCUCCAUCUGCAGGUCCAGCUUGACAUGUUUGAAGAUGAUUCCAAAAUGUGGUGUGACUGCCAGAGCAGGAAUGAAACCGAGAAAUAUGUUGUCCUUAUCUUUGAGAAAGAGCUCACACUCUCAGAGCAAAUCGUACUUGAGGAAAUAUUCACAGAGAUGGGCAAGCGUAAUAAUAUCAGCUGUUUUCCAGCUAAGCUGUCAUUUGAAAAAGCCAGUAACAGAUUGAAGACACAUCAGUGUGCCCAAAAACAGGAGUUUGCUGUGCUUCAGCUUGAAGAGGAUGAACUUCCUGUCAUGAGUCAGCAUGGCUUGGUGCCAUUUUCGGCCUCUCCUGAUCCUCAUCGAUGGGAAAUUGCAGCCCUCAGUGUCUCAGACAGUGAUGAGGACGAUUUGAUAGAGCUCCCUUCAUCACCCAAACAGGAUAUCAAAAAACUGGUUGUGUACCCACCUCCUCCAGCCAAAGGGGGAAUAGCCAUCACAGAGGACGACCUCAACUGUCUUGAGGAAGGAGAAUUCCUAAACGAUGUGAUAAUAGACUUCUAUCUAAGGUAUUUGGUCUGUGAGCAGCAUGAAAAGGAGGAUGCCUCCAAGUGCCAUGUGUUCAGCUCUUUCUUCUUCAAGCGCCUCACUCAGAAAGAUCAUAGAAGACUUCCAGGAACUACAGAUUUAUCCAUUCAAGAGCGCCGGCACAGUCGGGUGAAAACGUGGACCAGGGGCGUCAACCUUUUUGAGAAGGAAUUAAUAUUUGUCCCGAUUAAUCAAAUGGCUCACUGGUACCUGGCUGUCAUCUGUUUUCCUGCCAAGAUUUCACAGACCAGUGGUUUGGAUCUUCAACUCAAUGGGCGAAGGAAUUCAGUGGAGUAUCUUUGCGAUCAAUCUCCACCCAAUCCCAUGUCUCUCUUCUACUUUCCAGAAUCCUCAAAGCAGCUCUCCAGAUGGAGUCAAUCCAUAGACAAAUUAGACCAGAGCUUCUGCUUCCUUUCAGAUGACGAGGCUGAAGAUGAUGAUCAGACGGUCAAGAACAGAUCUGUCCUUAACAGUGCCAGUAAUGUCUCUAAACGGCCGUGCAUCCUCAUCAUGGACUCCCUCACCUGCAGUGGAAGAUCAUCAGUGGUGCAGAUACUCCAAGAGUACUUACAAGAGGAAUGGAAGGUCAAAAUGGGCUCUGAACAGAGUUUUGGAAAUGGAGUGAUGGAUGGAUGGAGUCCCAUCGUCCCAAAGCAGGAUAACUAUACAGACUGUGGCAUCUUCCUUCUGCAGUAUGUGGAGAGCUUCCUCAAGGACCCACCACAAUCUUUCCAUCGCAGCAUGGACCUGAAUGGCUGGUUUUCACAGAGGACAGUGAAGAGGAAAAGGAGGCAAAUCAAACGGCUCAUUCUCAGACUUCACAGGCAGCAAAAAGUUUAAUUUUUUCAGGUCAUAUACUUCCUACAGAUAAUUUAUUGUUACCACAAAAACCAUUACAACCCUUCCUUCAGGAUUUUUUAAUGGAAGGAAAUUAA